GCUGGAGUUCAGUAAAUUCUUCACAAAAACCGGGUAACGCUGUUUGCAGAAGUAAAAUAGAUGGUUUAAUUGUUGGUUCAAGUUUUCGGAUAGAAUUAUGGAUACUCGAAUAAGAAAUAAACGGCAUUAUUACACCGCAAAAGAAUUUUUCCAUGCCAAAUAUGGCCAUAAGAGAAGAAAACGGACUGUAGUGACUAAAUCACAAAUUGACGCUGUCGAAGCCAAUCCUAAGAUACCCACACCAGACAUGAAAAAACCUCCUUUGGUUGGUUCCGAAGCACCCUCUACAUCAUUUCUUGUUCAUGAUGAGCAUCCUAUACUACCGAUGAUCACUCCAAUAAUCGAAGGGGACAAUGUAUCAUCUGAACGUACUUUGAAAUCCGGAAAGCCAUCGACUUCAUAUUACGGAAACAACGAAUACAGUAGGGAUAACGGACAGAGCAAUUUAUCCGAUUCUUCAGAUGCAAGCUCAUCAUCAAAUGAUGAGGACAAUAAUAAAUCGGAACAAUUUCGUUGUUCUGAUGAAGACGUAAAUGACUGGUUCGAUGUACGCAAAAUGAUUUUUCCUGAGAACAACAAAUUUAAAUUCGACUCAGCUGUAACCUUAGGAGAGGUGCAUUUGAUGAUACUAAAUUAUUAUAUUAGGCAUCACCUGACUCAAAGUGCGUUGGUAGAUUUGCUGAAAAUGCUUAAUAUCAUGGCUGGCUCUAAAAUCUGUGCAGAAAGCUACGAGACCUUCUCUGCUAUGUUUCCCAAUCCUUACAAUCACCAUCGUGUUUAUUAUUGCAUGGAAUGCCAAUCUGGUGUAGGGAAUUCUGCUCCAAAUCAUGAUACCGUUUGUUCUAUACCCGAAUGUGGAGGUAAAAACUUUGACUUUUUCAUGGCUAUCUCCAUUGAGCAGCAGAUAAAAGAGACGAUGAUUAAAUAUCAGAAAGAUAUUCUAGACUAUGACAGUAUGGUUCGUCAGGAAUUGAUUAGUGAUAUUAACAAUGGGAGAGUCGUUAAAAAUAUUAACUACAAAAUCCCUGAUAAACUGAUUACCCUAUCAGUUAAUACUGAUGGUGCAGCUGCAUAUCGCUGGAGCAUCAAUAAACCAUGUUAUCCUAUAUUUGUCACGAUCAAUAAUCUGAUGAUAGGGUCCGAAUCGUAUAAAAUUGUUGUCGUUCAAAACUGUUUGGAUUCUGUAGCAAGGCCAAAGCUUCAAAACUCGACGCAAUUUAAUGGAAAGUUUGGUUGUUCGUUGUGUCUACAUGAAGGAAAAAUAAUACACGGCAAUCAACAACGGUAUCCCUUUAAGAAGUCACAAUGCAGAAAUCAUGAUGAUACAAGACGGUUAAUGAUAGAAGCUCACAACACGGGAAUUCCAAUUAAUGGUAUCAAAGGCCUUUUGGUGUUUCUGUCGAUUCCCCAUUUUGAUAUUAGUACAGGAUUUCCACCUGACUACAUGCAUGCAGUACUUCUUGGUGUGGUCCGACAAAUGUGGGAACUAUUCACAGCAUCGACCAAUCAUUCUAAACCGUUUUACAUUGUUAAAAAGUUGAAGGAAGUGGAGACUCGCUUAUUGAAUAUUCGCGUUCCUAGUUUCCAACCUGACUAUGCGAUCUCUUCUCUUCAUGCCGGAGCCAUUAAGCUUCUUGAUGGCUACAGCAUUGCUACCUUGCAACAGAUUAACGGCACCAGGAACGAGAACAAUCGAUCUUUGGAUCUUUGCUUCGUCAGCGACCGUGAUUUGGCUCCAUACAUCGCUGCUGCUCCUGUACCGUUGGUGAAACUGGCGCUACACCAUACUCCGCUGAUCGUUGCGAUUGAGAGCAAUGCGGAUCACGAUUUUGUUAUUAUUCCACUGCUGUCUCAUAUAAUUACCGGAAAGCUGAUCAUCGUGGAAUUUAUUUAUUUAUUUAUUUAUUUAUUUAUGAUAAUCGUCAUCUGA